CUGAAAUUGUUGAUGAAUGCUACAGACGACCGACGAUGAAUAAAUAAAUGACAAUCUGACAUGACAAUUCAUCUGACAGCCACCUAAAAAUACAAACUAAUUUUCCCAACAAAAUUGACAAACCCCAGUGCGAUCAGAAUCCUGUCGAUGCCUAAGAUACCCCUCCAGGAUCAUCCCAAUGAAUUCCGGUGAGAUAGAGCGUCUUCUCGUCUUCGAUGAAGUCCAUAGAACUUCGAAAAAACGCUGGGUAGCAUUGGGGUUGUUCUGCGCCUUGAACUGCACCCAGUGUUAUGUGUGGAACACCUGGGGACCCAUUGCUGAGACCGCGAUGAAGGCUUUUCCGUCCUGGAACAAGAGCUCCGUGGCACUUCUGUCAGACUGGGGCUGCAUCAUGUAUUUGACUUGUUGUCUUCCCAUCUGCUGGAUUUUAAAUACAUCACUGCUGGCCACUCCAAUAAAAAUAGCCGCAGUUCUAUCAACACUCGGAACAUUUAUGCGAUGCAUUUCCUCGCAAGAACAGAUCUUCACCACAACCGCCCACUUGGCAGCGAUUCUCAAUGGUCUCUCUGGAGUGAUCAUCGGGCCUUCGACAGCUCUCAUUUCUGCUGUUUAUUUUCCCACUGGGGAGCGAACAACGGCUACCGGGAUCUCUGCAGCAUUCAACCAACUUGGAAUGGCACUUUCGUAUCUUCUGGGGCCAGCGGUCGCCAGUACAACCGAAGAUCUUCAUUCUAAUUCGACUGUUGACGGUGCCAUGCUGAGGGUGCAGAUCAUGUCUCUCAUGCGGAUUGAAUUCGUCGCACAACUACUUGUCUCAGUGGCAAUCGUCUGUUUCUUUCCGAAUGAAGACGAUAACUCGGUUGGUAAUGUAGAAUCAUCGAAACUGGGAGUUUUCGAAUCACUAAAGAGACUCAUCAGACAUAAAAGCAUGUGGUGUCUGUGUCUGGCUGCAGCACUCAGUCAAGGAGGCACUGGACCCUGGCUGGCUAUGAUAACCAUAGCCUUUGGAAAUAUCAUAUCUCAAACCGAGGCAGACAAGUUGGCAUUUUGGACAGUGGUGGGCAGUAGCAUUCUGACUCUACUCACCUCCAGAAUCAUGGACAUCUUCCAGGGCCACUUGAAGUUGGCGAUUUACACCCUUCUCAUCACCUCCUCAGGCAUGCUGCUGUGGGUGACUCUCCUGGAUUACAGGAUACUCGUCUUUCAUAAGGAUGAAUUGUACGCCGCUGUUAUACUCGGCAUUUCCCUGAGCUGGUCCUCACCUGCGUUAUUCCUGGAGCUCGCUUCUGAGAUCGCUCACCCCGUUUCGGAAGCCAUCGUCGGGGGGUACAUGAUCUUUUUGUCAAAUAUCAUCGGGACUCUGUUCUACUUUUCUUAUUUCGUACCUGGAUUAGCUGACAAAUGGUCAAGCUGUAUCGUUCUUGGGAAUUUAACAAUUGCUACCGGACUAGUUACCUACGUGAAGGAAGAAUACAAUCGUUCAACGUUUGAACGACGAUAAAUAAUCCAUAAUAUACCGCAAUUGGAACACUUUUACAUUGCAAAGAAUAUUGUUGACAUUUUCCUUCGAGUCCUCUGGGUUUAGUGUGAUGAUUUGAG